AUGAAUAAUACUGAAAUCUGUAUUAGUUGGGACGAACAUUUAAACAAUGUAUCUAAAGGAUUCUCCUGCUUACAACAGAACUCAGAAUUCGUUGAUAUGACGUUGGCCGCAGAGGGUCACUUAGUAAAAGUACAUAGAAAUAUAGUGGCGCUCGCUAGCCCAUAUCUAAGAGCUAUGUUACAAUCAGCACCUUGUCAGCAUCCAGUAAUAUUUUUGAAUAAUGUUAAUCACAAAAUACUGGGUUAUAUAUUGGAGUACAUUUAUACUGGAGAAGUCAAGAUACCAUCAGACAUAAUGGACACAUUUAUAGAAGCUUGUAAAUCUCUAUGCAUAAGAGGUGUUGCCAAUAUUGCAUCAUCUGAGAUAACAUCCGGCAAUAAAUCUGAGCGUCAGUUUGAAAGAAUUGACAAACCACGAGAAAAUAAUUUUGCUGCAUGUAUAACUAUUAAUAACAAUGAUAAUAAUUACGAUUUAGAAUUCAUAGCUAAUGAAAAUAAUGCAAUAUCUCAUAAUGAUGAAGAAAUGCAGCCUACUCCAGUUCCUGUUCCCAUUUUUAAUAAAAGCAGUGAACAAAUGGAAUCUGAAAAAUGCAGUAGCAUUGUAAAUGACGUUGAAACUACACAUGAAAAUAACAUUGAUAUCAACAAUAUUUGUAAUUUUGUAAUACUAAGACCAAAAACUUCUUGUAAUAAUAUUCAGUUAAGCACAAACAAUACAGAAAAUGAUAAUGAUAAAAGGAUAAUCACUACAGAUUUGGAGACUAACAAUUCACUUAUAGAAUUAAGUAAAGAUAAAACAAAAAAAUCUGCUAAUAUUGAACUAAAUACCAAUACCUGUCAUACCAAUUCUAAUCAGAACCCUACUAGUAUAGAAUUAAGUGAUAACCCAAUUUUGCAUCCAGUUAAUAUUACAUUAAGUACUCAUGACUUGCAACCUGAACUUACUCAAGGUGUAUUUGAUAUACACACAGACAACAUAGAAUCAGUUUUAUCCAAAACAGUAAAUAGAAGAACAUUAACGAAAAAACCUAAAAAUGUUCUGUCGUAUAUAAAAGACAUACAUCGUAAAGAAGACCGAUCUAAAAUUGCAUUAAAUAAGUUAAUCAGAAAGGAAAUGGAUAAAGUAGCGCAUUAUACAAUAUCUAACAGAGGGUCAUUACAACUGUUACUGCAUGGCUAUCUUUACAAUUCUCAUCAUCAUUCAAACGGUGGUCGAAAAAUACGUUGGCGAUGCCUCGAUUACCGUAAAAUGCAUUGUCCAGCUUACAUUGAUAUUGAUAAUGAAGAAGUUACCGCUGUGUCCGAGAAUCAUUGUCAUCCUCUCCAUAAUAAGCAAAUAGAAAAGAAAAUAAAAAAUAAUAUAGUAUUUACAUCGCUAUCAACCGUUGUACACACUAUUGAUGACUAUUUGAAAGAAAAUCCCAAGAAAUGA